UACAUAUAUACAUACAUACAUAUAUACAUACAUACAUACAUACAUAUGUGUUUAUGGAUAUAUAUAUAUAGAUAUAAAUAGGCAUUUGUUAUUUUCUGUGAUCAGUAUUUCACGAAUCAUCGAAAAGGAACAAGCUACAUAGGGAACAAUGAGUACACGAAAGAGAAUGUCCUCUUAUCGGCUGUGGGGUUCAACGGAAGAUGGAGUCAUCGAAUUUGAAUCGAUGACGGAAGAUACAUUAUCUGGUGCUCUUGAUGUUAUAAGAAAAAGUCUUUUUAUUCAUGAGAGCGUAUGCAAAGGCGUGGAACUCAUGACGGAACCUGGUGCUGCCGAAGAACUAAUAGAACUUUGUUUGAACGCUGCCAAAGAUGGCGUCAGCAUUGUCGCCAUUGACGUAGAAAGUGGGGAGGUUGUUGGCGCGCUUUUCAAUAAAAUUCAGGUCGCUGGAUGUCCAACAGACAAAAGUGUAUUCGAACUUUUCAGCGAAAAUUGUAAAUACAAAUCGUCGAAGGCACUAGUAGACUUCAUGAUCGAUGUCGACAGUAGGGUAAAUCUCUUCAAGCAUUACAACACUAAAUACAUUUUGGAACUAAUGUUUUUAGCAACUUUACCGAAUUACGGUAAACGUAGAAUAGGCGAACUUUUGAUUAGUUCCACAUUGGAAAUGGCUCGGGAAUUGAAACGCGGCAAAUCCGUGAAAAUUCCGGUUACGAUAAAUAAUAAUAAUUGUAUAAAAAAUAACGAUAUUAUUCCUACUUUGGUCUCGAGUAUUUUGACAUCGAAUUAUUCGAAAAAGAUCUGUAUGAAAUUGGGAUUUGAAACAUUGUUAGAACGUAACUUCGAUCAAUACGAAUUCAAUGGUAAGAAAUUUAACGAUAGAAUCGACGAGGAACAUUGGACAUUCUUUUUAGUAGCUAAAAGAAUUUUGUGAAAAUUUUUUAUUAAAUAUGCAUGAUAAUUACAGAAGUGGAAAUGCUACUUAGAUACUUAUAAAAUAGAGAUGGCUUUCUUUUUUUUUCCUUUUUUUCUUUUUCUUAUCGCAAUAAAGAAAAUUAUAAACAA